GGGCAUGAAGGGGUUAAUGUAAGGAGCGAUCAAAGGGUUAACUGUGUGCUGGGAGUGUUUUUACUAAGGGGCAGGGGUUGUGUUCUUCCCUGUAAGCACACUGAUUCGGAUGGCUGUACUGUGCACAGCCAUCCCAAGCAGUGUGCUCAAGCUGACAGGGAGGAAGAUUGUUUGUAAACAAAACAAUCUUCCUCCCCAUUUGAGAUGCUCGGUAAUCGCCAGCCACCGGUGGGUAAUUACCAGCCGGGACCCAGUGAUUGACAUCCAUGGCUGUGAAUAGCAUCGCGGGUCCCCUACCCAGAAAUGCAGAAUGACGUAUAUAUAUGUGAUCCUGCUAACAGGUUCUGCCCUGUAGCAGUAUAUCU